CCAACCCCGGUGGCAUUUUGCAGUAGCCCCCGUGGGAAGUCAAGCUGUGUUCUCGCCCCGAGGGUUUAGCUGGAGGCUGCGUUCAGGUCCCUCGACGGGCGAGUUUUGAGGAUAGCCGUGAUUGGGGCGGGGGUUGGGGCGAGCCGAGGUUGGGAGAGGGCGCAUGCGCAGCCUGACGCUCCGGGAGCCCCUGCCCAAACCGGUUCCCCCUGUCUAGGCGUUUUAAAAAUAUUUAAUCAUUCAUGAGUUGAGCCUCAUUCUUGAGUUAUGGAUGACAAGGCUUCUGUUGGAAAAAUCAGUGUCUCUUCAGACUCAGUGUCUACUCUUAAUAGUGAAGAUUUUGUCUUGGUUUCCAGGCAAGGAGAUGAGACACCAUCUACAAAUAAUGGAAGUGAUGAUGAGAAAACAGGACUCAAGAUUGUAGGGAAUGGAAGUGAGCAACAGCUGCAAAAAGAGUUAGCAGAUGUGCUGAUGGAUCCUCCCAUGGAUGACCAACCAGGGGACAAGGAACUUAUGGAAAGGUCACAACUGGAUGGUGAAGGAGAUGGGCCUUUUUCUAAUCAACUCUCAGCUUCUUCCACCAUUAACCCCGUGCCAUUAGUAGGGCUCCAGAAACCAGAGAUGAGCCUGCCAGUGAAACCUGGACAAGGAGCAGAUUCUGAAGUGUCAAGUCCUUUCACACCAGUGGCUGAUGAGGACAGUGUAGUUUUCAGUAAACUAACUUAUUUAGGCUGUGCCUCAGUAAAUGCUCCUAGGAGUGAAGUGGAAGCUUUGAGGAUGAUGUCCAUCUUAAGAAGCCAGUGUCAGAUUUCACUAGAUGUAACCCUCUCAGUGCCUAAUGUAUCUGAAGGAACUGUGAGACUGUUAGAUCCUCAGACAAACACUGAAAUAGCAAACUACCCUAUCUACAAAAUCCUCUUUUGUGUCAGAGGGCAUGAUGGAACUCCUGAGAGUGACUGUUUUGCUUUCACAGAAAGUCAUUAUAAUGCAGAGCUCUUCAGAAUACAUGUCUUUCGGUGUGAAAUACAAGAGGCUGUAAGCCGGAUACUCUACAGUUUUGCCACUGCCUUCCGUCGUUCUGCCAAGCAAACCCCACUUUCAGCUACUGCUGCACCACAGACUCCUGACAGUGAUAUCUUUACCUUUUCUGUGUCUUUAGAAAUAAAAGAAGAUGAUGGUAAAGGUUAUUUUAGUGCUGUUCCCAAAGACAAGGACAGACAAUGCUUUAAACUACGCCAAGGAAUUGAUAAGAAGAUUGUUAUCUAUGUACAACAAACAACUAAUAAAGAACUUGCCAUUGAAAGGUGUUUUGGCGUUCUCCUUAGUCCAGGAAAAGAUGUACGAAACAGUGAUAUGCAUUUGUUAGAUUUGGAGUCUAUGGGUAAAAGUUCAGAUGGAAAAUCAUAUGUAAUUACUGGAAGCUGGAAUUCCAAAUCCCCACAUUUUCAAGCUGUAAAUGAAGAAACUCCUAAAGAUAAAGUGCUAUUUAUGACCACAGCUGUUGAUUUGGUAAUAACAGAAGUACAAGAGCCUGUUCGAUUUCUCCUAGAGACAAAAGUUCGAGUUUGCUCACCUAAUGAAAGAUUAUUCUGGCCCUUCAGCAAACGUAGUACUACUGAAAAUUUUUUUUUGAAACUAAAACAGAUAAAGCAGAAGGAGAGAAAGAAUAAUUCUGACACUUUAUAUGAAGUUGUAUGCUUGGAAAGUGAAUCAGAAAGAGAAAGAAGGAAAACCACAGCCAGUCCUUCAGUUCGCUUGCCACAGUCUGGAUCUCAGAGCUCAAUGAUACCUUCUCCUCCAGAAGAUGAUGAAGAGGAAGAUAACGAUGAACCUCUCUUGAGUGGAUCUGGUGAUGUAUCCAAAGAAUGUGCAGAAAAAAUUCUUGAAACAUGGGGAGAACUGCUGUCAAAGUGGCACCUCAACUUGAGUGUGAGACCAAAGCAAUUGUCAUCCUUAGUAAGAAAUGGUGUCCCUGAGGCUCUUCGAGGAGAAGUCUGGCAGCUGCUGGCAGGCUGUCACAACAAUGACCACCUGGUAGAAAAAUACCGAAUUCUUAUAACAAAGGAGUCUCCCCAGGACAGUGCUAUCACACGGGAUAUUAACCGGACAUUUCCAGCCCAUGAUUAUUUCAAAGACACAGGAGGAGAUGGACAAGAUUCCUUAUAUAAAAUAUGCAAGGCUUAUUCUGUAUAUGAUGAAGAGAUUGGUUAUUGUCAAGGCCAGUCAUUUCUUGCUGCUGUGCUGCUUCUCCAUAUGCCUGAAGAACAGGCAUUCAGUGUUCUGGUCAAGAUCAUGUUUGACUAUGGUCUCAGGGAACUUUUCAAGCAAAACUUUGAAGAUUUGCAUUGCAAAUUUUCCCAGUUGGAACGCCUCAUGCAGGAAUACAUCCCUGACCUGUAUAGCCACUUCCUGGACAUCAGCCUUGAAGCACACAUGUAUGCCUCCCAGUGGUUCCUUACACUUUUCACUGCAAAAUUCCCUCUCUACAUGGUCUUCCAUAUCAUCGACCUGCUUUUAUGUGAGGGAAUAAGUGUUAUUUUUAAUGUCGCCCUUGGAUUAUUAAAGACUUCCAAGGAUGACCUGCUAUUGACAGACUUUGAAGGUGCCUUGAAGUUCUUCAGAGUUCAGCUUCCUAAAAGAUACCGCUCAGAAGAAAAUGCAAAAAAACUAAUGGAAUUAGCUUGCAACAUGAAGAUUGGUCAGAAGAAGCUGAAAAAAUAUGAAAAAGAAUAUCACAACAUGAGAGAACAGCAGGCCCAACGAGAAGACCCCAUUGAGCGAUUUGAGCGGGAGAAUAGGCGGCUACAAGAAGCUAACAUGAGGUUGGAACAGGAAAACGAUGACCUGGCUCAUGAGCUGGUGACUAGCAAGAUUGCUCUGCGGAAGGACCUGGAUAAUGCGGAAGAAAAGGCUGAUGCACUGAAUAAGGAGCUACUGAUGACUAAACAGAAGUUGAUUGAUGCAGAAGAAGAGAAGAGACGGUUGGAAGAGGAGUCUGCUCAGUUAAAGGAAAUGUGCCGUCGGGAACUUGACAAGGCAGAAUCUGAGAUUAAAAAAAACAGUUCUAUCAUUGGUGACUACAAGCAGAUCUGUUCUCAGUUGAGUGAAAGACUGGAGAAGCAGCAGACCGCUAAUAAAGUGGAAAUUGAGAAAAUUCGGCAAAAGGUGGAUGACUGUGAGCGCUGCCGGGAAUUUUUCAACAAAGAAGGACAUGUGAAGGGCAUCAGCUCAACCAAGGAGAUGUUAGAUGAGGACACAGAUGAAGAGAAGGAGACCCUCAAGAACCAGCUGAGAGAGAUGGAACUGGAACUGGCACAAACCAAGCUCCAGUUGGUGGAAGCUGAGUGCAAGAUCCAGGACUUGGAGCACCACUUAGGCCUUGCUCUCAAUGAGGUACAGGCAGCUAAGAAGACCUGGUUUAACCGAACCCUGAGUUCCAUAAAGACGGCAACCGGCGUUCAAGGGAAAGAGACUUGCUGAGAGCCCGGGCUGCCUCCAAACACCUUCAGAAAACAUGCCACCUUUUGUUGCCUUCUUUGGCCAGAUGUGUGAUUCUGUGACAUGUCCCAGGACCAGAAUGUACCUAAUUCAAAUCUGUUCACGUACGUUGGUAGGUCAUUGGACCAGGGCUCCUGAGCAGGCAGCUCUGGGUAAGGCUCUCCUAACUGCUGAUACCAGCAGGCCUGCCAACUUAGCUGAUGCUCCGGACACACCAGAACUCACUCCUCAGUGUGACCUCCCAGGCCCCUUCCGUGUAGGUCAACACCUCACCCAGCCUAAAGGCUGAAUUUACAUUAUCAGCAUUUGGGGAUCCUUCAGUGUGUUGAUUUUUUUUAAACCAAUUUUUUUUAAUAUGCAUUAUAUACAUGGGGGCGGGGGAGCAGGGAUCAAAAAUUAAAAUAAUUCUUAUCCGUCUGUGCCAGCAGGUGGUCCCCAGGUAGACAUGAGAAGCACUUUGUUUUUAACAGGAGGGUUUCCUAGUUAUAGCCGAAGCCACCUAGUUUUACUAAACUAUAUGAGAGACAGGUUUUUGGUUUAGUAUUAUUCACAUGUUUCUGAUAAAUUCUAUGCAAUUCUCGUAGUUCCUGUUUUUAGCAUUAGCUGCCAAAAUGAUUUCACAAGGCUGGGUGGAUGAUGUGACUUGCAAAGCUGGAUUAAUCAUAAUGUGGACAAAUCUUAUUUUGCUUAAUGUGUCAUGUGUACAUGUAUAUAUAUAUAAAUAUCUUCCCCAAUGUACCCAGCUGACAGUGUUUAAAUCCCAGACUAGGACUGCUGAUCUGCUCAACUUACUGACAUGGUUACUUGGCACUUACUUUUACUUGAGUUUUGUUGGGCCCUGCUUUCCUCCCUGCCACCGUGGGAACUGUGAAAAGGGCCCUCACUUCCAAGAUUCCUAGUGUGUUUGCACAACAGGCUGUACAAGUGAGGACUGCACUGUAUUUAUGUAAAUGUGAGCGUGCACAGGCCUUGAGGUCUCCACCCUCCUGGCCUAGUCCCUCCUGACUCGGCUUCUGAGCCCUCCGGGAAUGUGUGGCUGGGCACAGACUUCAUUGUCCAGAUGGGCUGCAGGUUCUCAUUUCAAAGCUAUGAUGGAGGUUUUAGCACCUUUUUUAUUAAAAAGCAAAAGACAAAAAACUUUUAAUUUAUAUAGUGAAAUGCUGACAGGCUGUGUGCAAAAUGAUUGUCCUCUUCUUGGCAUUCAGUGCAGAGGUGGCUGGUGACAGGAGGCACUGGUUGUAUAUAGAGACACUGGGCUGCUGUUCUGUAUCUCUCUUCCUGUUGGCUGUACUAACGCUUGCUGAGGUCUUCUGAGAAGGGAGAUAACAAGUGGCAACACCCCACCACCACCACCAACACCAACGACCAUCCCCUCUGCUGCUUUCUGUGUCUUUCUUAUUCAGUUAUCAAAACAGCUGUAAGCCCAUCUAAUCCUAGGUGUGUGGACAUUGUGCUAGGGUAGGUAGUUUGUGUGUCAACUUUACGAACUGAAAUAUAAACCAGUAAAAUUGUAUUACUAUUUCUUUUGUUGGUUUUAUUUUAACAGCAUAUUCAUUAAAUAUUUUGGUACAAACAGCA